CAACCUGAAUGUGUUUGUGGGAACAUGAAUGUUUUGAGUCUUUGUGCAUGAUGUGAAGCAGAUUUAGUGGAUCUGCCGUCAGCUUUAAAUCCAGAGCAUGAAAGCACACAGCAGCUUGAGCUGAGCUGUCAGUCAGCAGCAGCAGCCUUAUCUGUGGGCCGCUAACAGGGGCUGAUGGGAGCUUUGAGGAGCUGUUAGAAAGCACGUGGCCUGCUCUGCUCUCACAGCUCGUCCUUGUUUGGCCUCAGCUGCAUCACAGCUCCACUUGUGCUCAGCUUCUCCAGAGGAAACACCACUGCACAAGAUGCUUCUCCUCCCAGCUGCUGCUCUGUGCUGUCUGUGUUCAGCGCUGGUUGCCAUGGCAGCACAGCUGAUUCAGGACGAUGUGACUUUGACCAGGAGAGUCGGUCAACCAGCCUCCUUCAGCUGUCGACAAACUGAUCAGUGUGAUGGCAAUUAUGUAUUCUGGUACCAGAAGACAGAAACAGAAACAUUCAGAGCGAUUCUUGAUAUUGAUAGGCGGGAUGGUAAAUUAGAUUAUCGUUACAAUCAUCCUGAGAAAGAACAUUUCUCAGCUGAGAAUAAACAGAACGGCUGUGAGUUGCAAAUUAAAGAAGUUAAACUUGAACAUUCAGCCACCUACUACUGCAGCUGUGUGAAGAGCGGGUACCUCAUCUUUGGCUCUGGAACUAAACUGUAUGUAACAGAUGAGCAGGUAGUGAAGCCCGUGGUGAGCGUGUACCCAGCAGCAUCCAGAGUCCACCUGGAGGGGAACAGCUCCCUGCUGUGUCUGGCCUCAGCCAUGUUUCCUCCUCUGGUCCGCUUCUCCUGGAAAAGACAGAAGGAGGACGGCCAGCUGGAGGAUGUGGACCCUGCUGAGGGAGAGCAGCUGGAGAUCAGAGAGCCGGGACGCAGCGCCUCCAUCUUGCUGAUCCAUCAGCAACAGGACAGCACAUAUAAAUACAGCUGCUACGUCCAGCACGAGGGGGGACCAGUGGAGGCCCAGACACAACAAGAGCUUCCAGCUCCAGCAGCCUCCUGUCCUCCAGAGAGAGAGCCAGCAGACCUGCCAGCUCUGCAGCAAGCUCACUCCUCCUUCCAGGUGAAUCUGCUCUGUCUGCUGUCCACAGUGCUGAUAGUGAAGAGUCUGGUGUUCUGCUGUGGACUCUCUCUGCUGAUGAUCCUCACAAACAAGGGACCGUCCACCAACUGCACACAUGCUGACUGACUGUUUGCUGCUGGACUUUUCUCAUCGUCACAUCUCAUCAAUACAUAAUUAAAAUGUUCAGUGACCAGAAAUGUCAGCUUUGACAUGUUGUCCUUCAUCAUAAAAUACUUCUCUUAAUUCACAUGUUGGAUCUUCAUCCUAAAGUGUAAAUUCAUAUAUUCACAUAUAUUUUCAGUGUUGGAGUUAAAAUUCUACAGGACAGUGCUCUUUUCAUAAUUGAAUCUUAUGUUACUUUAUGAAUUAUUCUGCAGAGUGCAACAGGUUUGUCAGUCAACACAAUAAAAUUACAAUGUUUAUGUUUGAGUAACAAAUUUUAAUGACUUUUAUAGCAACUGGUAACAAAUGUGAUUUUUUCACAUGGGGUUAUUUUCUUAUAAUGUGGAGUUCAGUAGU